AUUCACCAUGAUACUUAAAUCAAUAUUACGCGCGCUUAUUAGGCGCAAACAAAUUGCUACCGACAAAAUGGAGGUCACUGAACUGGCCCGGGUACUAUCAAUGUUUGAUUUAAUUUGUCUAGGAGUGGGCUCAACACUGGGCACCGGUGUCUAUGUGCUGGCCGGUGAUGUGGCCAGUUCAAAAUCGGGACCGGCAGUUAUUAUUGCAUUUGUGAUUGCUGCAAUAUCAUCAAUGUUUGCUGGCUUAUGUUAUGCUGAGUUUGGCUCACGUGUGCCACGUGCCGGCUCAGCCUACCUAUACUCCUAUGUAACGGUAGGCGAGUUUAUGGCAUUUGUCAUAGGCUGGAAUCUGAUAUUGGAAAAUGUGAUAGGUACAGCAUCUGUAGCACGUGCCUACUCUGUAUAUUUAGAUGCCCUGUUUGAUGGCAAAAUGUCUAGCUAUAUGCUAGAAAAAGUGCCCAUGCACGUAUCGGAAUUGGGCCAGUAUCCAGAUCCAUUAUCGUUUAUAUUAACCCUGAUACUAACUGUAUUGUUGGCCAUCGGUGUUAAAGAGUCGAUACGUUUUCAUACAUACAUGACUUGCGUUAACCUAUUGGUUGUGGUGUUUAUGGUGGUGUGCGGUAUCAUUAAAGCCGAUACACAUAACUGGGCCAUAGAUAAGAGUGAAAUACCCGAUAAAUAUGCCGAUUAUCGGGGAAACGGCGGGUUCUUUCCGUUCGGGUUUCGCGGUGUUAUGGAGGGCGCAGCCACCUGUUUCUAUGCAUUUAUCGGUUUCGAUGCCAUUGCCACUACCGGUGAGGAGGCCCGUAAUGCCAAACGGGCCAUACCUAUCAGCAUAGUUACAUCGCUGGCACUGGUAUUUGUGGCCUAUUUUAGUGUUAGCGCCGUCCAGACACUGAUGUUUCCCUACUAUAUGCAAAGCAAACAGUUUACCAAAGGAGCUACCUUUCCCUAUAUAUUUCAACAGUUGAACUGGCAAUGGGCCAAAUGGUUGGUAUCUAUAGGUGCCCUGAGUGGCCUAUCAACUAGUUUGCUGGGUGCUAUGUAUCCGCUGCCCCGUGUACUCUACUCGAUGGCCAGCGAUGGCGUAUUGUUCCGUUUUCUGGCCACUGUUCACCGUAGGUUUCAGACACCGUUGUACGCUACACUAAUUGCUGGGCUAUUGACCGCUAUAAUGGCCGCCUUGUUUGAUAUCGACCAGUUGGUCGACAUGAACUCUAUCGGUACACUCAUGGCCUAUACACUGGUAGCCGAAUCUAUACUGAUUAUUAGAUAUGCCGAUGAUCUGGACUUUAUCAACGAUGCGGACAAUAUUAACGAUAUAAUUGAUGACCAUUUUGCCAAUAUUGAUGGCCAGCAAGUGGUGACCACUACCGCUACCGCCAGUCGUAUCGCUAGACAGUUGAUUAAUUUGGACGGCAUUACCCGUCCGACUUGUUUUACAUCCCGAGUGUCAAACACAUUGAUUGCCACAAUUACUUUACUGAUAAUCGUAUUGGACAUUGAAUUGUAUGAAAUGUUGGACUAUCUAUACGAUGGUAAUGUCGGUGCCAUUGUAGGCGUGUGCCUGACCAUGCUAUUGAUAUUAGUAGUUGGCUACUGUCUAACUAGACAGCCAACAAUUGCUAAAUCAAAAAAUUUUGAAGUACCCUGGAUACCAUUGGUACCGUUUUUGAGUGUAUUUGUUAACGUUUAUCUAAUGUUAAACCUAUCGAAAGCAACCUGGAUCAGGUUUGCCGUUUGGAUGUUUAUCGGUUUACUAAUAUACACAUUAUAUGGCAUUAGACACAGUAGUCUCAGAAAUACUAAUAAUAAUAAUAAUAAAAUUGUUGAAAAAAUUUCGGCAAAAGAUUCAUAA